GCGGACGCUUCAGGAAGCAACUCCGCCCCAACGACCAGUGCACACCGCGGGAAGCAAGAAAGAGCAAAACAGAUUUCUUUUCACUUCCGGUGCCUUGCGCACUCGCGUUUCCGGAGCCUCGACGGGCUGGAGAGAUCUCGCGAGAGGCGGGAAAGGGCGCAGGGUUUGAAACAUGGCGGACGACGUGGACCAGCAACAAACUACCAACACUGUAGAAGAGCCCCUGGAUCUUAUCAGGCUCAGCCUGGAUGAGCGAAUUUAUGUGAAAAUGAGAAAUGACAGAGAGCUUAGAGGUAGAUUACAUGCUUAUGAUCAACAUUUAAAUAUGAUAUUGGGAGAUGUGGAAGAAACUGUGACUACUAUAGAAAUUGAUGAAGAAACAUAUGAAGAGAUAUAUAAAUCAACAAAACGGAAUAUUCCAAUGCUUUUUGUCCGGGGAGAUGGUGUUGUCCUAGUUGCCCCUCCAUUGAGAGUUGGUUGAAACAAAGAAUAUAUCCUGUGUGGAAAUUAGGAGACUUUAUAUGAUUGCGUCUUUAAAGGUAGAAGAUAUUCAAAGGAGAAACCUGCGUAAAUUUUGAUAUUAAGAAAUGACCAAGGAUUCUUCUGCUCCUGAAAUGAGUUUAUUUGCACAUAACUCACAAAUUCUAAAGCUAAAUGGCAUUUUUAUUUUUCUCCAACCCUUCUAAUAAAUGUGAUCACAAAAACAG